AGCAACGAGGGAGAUUUCUCCAUUUUCCAGCCCGUCCGCGGCGACACAGCAACGAACCCGGGGGGUUUUUUUUUUAUUACCACCACCACUUCUUCUUCUUCCCCUCCGCUUGGCCGCGUUUUCUGCGAUUUCGCUCGCUGCAAACUGGACUUUUGGUUUCUCUCGUCGGCCAACUUUCCAAACAGAGGGACGCGUUAAAGCGAAGGGGCCCUUUUUUUUUCUUGGGGUUUGGCUGGCGUGUAAGGGGGGCGAAAAAGGAGGCUUUGCGGGGUCUUUGUUCGGGUUCUCUCUUUUUUUUCCGGGAUCGCUUGACUUUUCUUUGUUGGAGCGAGAAGCAUGGGAGCGCAAUUCUCCAAGACAGCGGCGAAGGGCGAAACCGCGGCUGAAAAGCCAGGGGAGGCUGCCGCCGCCACCGCCGCUUCACCCACCAAAACCAACGGACAGGAAAAUGGUCACGUCAAAGUGAACGGGGAUGCAUCUCCUGCGGCUGCCGAGGCUGGGAAAGAGGAGGUGCAGGCCAAUGGCAGCGCCACCGCUGAGGAGAGCGACAAGGCAGAGGCCGCCCCUGCAGAGAAGGAAGCUGCAGAUGGGGAGAAAGCUGAAGCUGCGUCCCCCGCCGCCGAGGGCGAUGCAGUGGCCAAGCCGGAGGAGGGCGCCGCGCCUUCAACCAGCAACGAGACACCCAAGAAGAAGAAGAAGCGCUUCUCCCUCAAGAAGUCCUUCAAGCUGAGCGGCUUUUCCUUCAAGAAGACCAAGAAGGAGACCGGCGAGGGGGCAGAGAACGAGGAAGCCGCUGCCUCUGGGGAGGAGGCCAAGACUGAGGCCGCGGAGGGGGCGGAAGCCGCCGAGGAGGCUAAGCCUGCAGAGGGGGAAGCCGCACCUGCUCCUGAGGAGGCCAAGGAAGAGGCAGAGAAGCCUGCUGAGGAGACCAAGGCCGCCACACCUGCCGAGGAACCAAAGGCAGAGGAGAAGCCAGCCGAGCCAGCGGCGGAGCCCAAGGUAGCCGAGGAGGCUCCGAAAGCGGAGGAGGCUGCUCCUGAAACGCAGGAGGCGGCAUCGCCAGAGGCACCGGCUGCAGCCGAGGCUGCAGAGUAGAUUAGGAGAUGAUGCAAAGGGCAAAAUGGAAGAAAUUCAGUAAAGGAGGAAGAAAAAGAUAAUCAAAGACCAUGUCCCUGUUUGUAUGUUGGAGUGGUGCCAGUUCCUGGCUCUGGAGAACUUGUCUACAAACCAGGGAUAUUUUAAAGCUUUUCUUUUCUUUUUUUUAAACUUUGUUUUUUGGGUUUCCAUCCCCCUCCCCCCCCUUACACAAAACCCAUCUCGGUCCAUUGUUACUUCUAUUCCAACGGGCUAGGGAGGUGGGUGGCUUAAAUAAUUAAAACGGAUUAAAAAAAAAUCCACAUUCUGCCAUAUACUUUUGCAUCAGUAUUAUUAUUUUUUUUUCCAUUUUGCAUUUUUAUACAAAAUGUAAAGUUGUCAAAAUGUAUGGACAUGCCCGUGGUAUGAAGGAGGUGGGGGUUGAGUCCAGAUGUACAUGAAGGGGGGUUUAGGGUGGGGGAAAGAUUUGGAGGUGGCACCCUUGUGCCUGGGGAAAUGUGCCACAGACUAUUACGUAAAAAGUAGUCUUAAAUAAACAACAACAGACCAACAUCUAUACGUGAUGAGAGGACCAUGCGGUUUACAACACUAAGUGAUUUUUUUUUUUUUUUUUUUUU